UUAGCGCAGUUUAUCUGGCUAGUGUGUUAAAAUUUAUAGCAGUAAUAUGUAUUGCCCUUGUAUUUUAAAAAUAUUCAUCCUGGCCCCUGGCUUGGUGUUGUAGGUUGAGUGUGUCUGCUGUAGGCCUGCUGAUAUUAAUCCCUCAGGAAGUUCAAACUUCCCGCUGCGCUGCUGACCUGGUCAGCCUGGUUCAGGAGUCGUGUGGUUGGGAGGCAUGUGCUUUUUUACAAGUCAGAUUAGAGCAGGCAUGUGACAUGGCUCAGUCAGCCGAAGCUCAUGUGCUGCUGAAAGUUACAGUACACAGUUUCAGCGCUCUCUCUCUUUCUCUCUGCAUGUGGUCGGGCUUCCAGACCUCGUCGGAAGACUACAGUUUUGAAGAUGGAUGAGGCAACCUUGUCCGUGAUCAAUGAGUUCCAGAGUGACAUGGUGCUGUCUGUCAUGUCCAAACAUUGCUUCCAGUGUUUGCCGCAGCCUGUGGGACUGGUACCAGCUGGACUUGGGCCAGGAGAUCCCACCACAGUGGGCUUCACUGUGAGCACCCAGCACGCGCUCAUGCUGCAGCUCAACACGACUCCAGAUAACUCUGAACUGUGCAGGAUGUAUUUCCACUUUGGGGAGCACGGGAACUACUCUCUGUGGGUGAAGGACCUAAAUGCCCCCUCACAGGCCAACUGCACCAUGGUCACCAACUCUGAGCCAAUUAACAGCUAUCUGCCCAUCCUGCUUGCUUUCCUUGUGUUCUCCAGUUUAUAUGUGUUGGCUGCCAUCUGGAACUCAGUCAGAGGGCUCGAAGCUGUGAACAGUCUUCUUCAGCGUUUGGGAAGCACCAUGGAGGCCGAAAGACUCAUCAACUCUGAGCUGGGCUCGCCAAACAGGCUGGUGGAUUCGUCAACUGAAUCGAUAAUUCCUGCCAGCCCUGGGAGGAGACUUCGCUCUCUUGACACGUUCAGGGGACUCUCUCUGGUGGUGAUGGUGUUUGUCAACUACGGAGGAGGACGCUAUUGGUUCUUCAAACAUGAGAGCUGGAACGGACUCACUGUGGCUGAUCUGGUCUUUCCCUGGUUUGUGUUUAUCAUGGGUACGUCCAUAGCUCUGUCGGUGAGCGGUGCUGUGUGUCGAGGGAUUAAGCGCUCUCAUCUGCUGUGGAAGAUCUGCUGGAGGAGUGUUCAGCUCUUCAUCAUUGGAGUCUUCAUCAUCAACCCCAACUACUGUCAGGGGCCACUGUCCUGGGACUCUCUGCGUAUCCCUGGUGUAUUACAGCGUCUGGCCUUCACUUAUCUGGUUGUGGCAGUUUUGGACGUGCUGGUGACCAGAGCCCGUCAGGACAGCUCGCUCACGGAUAUCUGGUGGUAUCACGUCCAUGAUGUCCUCCUCUACUGGCCGGCAUGGUUGUGUGUGAUUGCCCUGGAAACGCUGUGGCUGUGUCUGACCUUCCUGCUGCCUGUCCCCGGCUGUCCGAGUGGAUAUUUGGGUCCUGGUGGAAUCGGGGACUUUGGUCAGUACCCAAACUGCACCGGAGGAGCUGCAGGUCAUAUCGACCGCUGGCUCCUGGGAGAGAGACACAUUUACCAAACACCUUCAUCACGUGUUGUGUAUAUGACCUCUGUGCCCUUUGACCCUGAGGGAGUGCUGGGCAGUAUUAACUCUGUAGUGAUGGGAUUCCUUGGCUUGCAGGCAGGAAAAAUUCUGCUGCACUACAGAGAUCAGCCGAGACAGAUAAUGACCCGUUUCCUUGUGUGGUCGUUUCUAUUGGGAGCUGUCUCUGCUGUUCUGACUAAGUGCUCCAAAGAUUAUGGAUACAUCCCUGUCAACAAGAACCUGUGGUCUUUAUCGUACGUGACCACUCUCAGCUGCUUCGCCUUUGUCUUCCUGCUGGUGCUUUUCUACAUGGUGGAUGUGAAGAGGUGGUGGUCUGGAGCGCCGUUCUUCUACCCAGGUAUGAACUCCAUCCUGGUGUACGUGGGUCACGAGGUGUUCGAGGACUACUUCCCCUUCCGCUGGAAAAUGGCCAACAGCCAAUCACACGCCGAGCACCUGACCCAGAACCUGCUGGCCACGUCCAUAUGGGUGCUUAUCUCGUACAUCCUCUACCGAAAGAAGAUCUUCUGGAAGAUUUGAAGACUGUCUCUUUUUUUUAAUUUUUUAUUAAAUGGGAUCUGAGGAGAUGACGGAGUUUAUUCUACAGGUUAUUCAGACGUAAAAAUACGAAGCCUUCCAGCUGCAGGAGCAUUAAUAAGAAGUGAAACUGACUGCCAACACGAUGGAGAUCAGAUUGACUCACUCAAGGCUUCAGCAGCGUUUGGAUGGAAAUCUGCUAGAGCUGAAGAUUUUGAAGAUGGUAAUCCGGAGGACAGUGCAGCUGGGUGUUUUAACAGGAAGUUUCAGGUCAACAUAUCAUGAUAUGUGCAAGCAAGUGAGAUUUUAAAAGCUUCUAAACCACACAAUAUGCCUAAUAUGCUCUCUCAGUACGAGAGAGAUUAAUUCUAGACAUUUUUACUCAUUUCUAGUGACGUGUCAGUUUAAAUACCCUAAUUAUUACAGGCCUUAAAGAAGUAUUCUUUUAAAUAUACAUAAACUGUAGACUUCUGACUAGACUUUUAAAUCUGAUGGAUAAUUACGGUAUUUUUCAGACUAUAAGGUGCAUUAUGCGACACUAGUAAGGAAGGUUUUUCUUCAGUUCAGCAGAUCUUAUUGCGUGGUGGUGGUGGGAGGAUAACAAAGUUAAAUAUGGCUAAGCUAAGUAAACAAAACUGUAAUAAAAAAAAAAAUCUUUUAAAGUGAAUCGAGCGCUGGAUAAUAAUCUACACAGAUUUCUCUCCUGGAAACUGUUUAUAUUGGUGAGUAAAGCGCUUCCAUUUAUAUACAAUAAGCUUAGAUUUCCAGAUUUCCACUAAGGCUUGGUGCAGCAGCAUUAGCGGCUAACCUUUUAGCGCUACACUGAGGAACCCUGAGUGUUCUGUUAAUCCAGGCCGAUAUUAGCUAGCGGUUCGUCACAGGCUACAGUCCGAUAUACUCACCUCUAAACGGCGAAAAAGCAUUGCAAUGGAAAAAUAUUACAACGUGCAUCACGGAAACGGACAAUUCCAUGUUCUGUUACUAAGAAACCUCAUGCAGUUGCAUUGUUUGAACACCAGAGGACAGAAUUCCACUAGUGCAGGCUGGAGAACCAUGGGGCAUGAGCAAAGGGCGGAGGACAUGUCUAUUUUAGAUUUUUAGAUUAAGUUAAUCACAAACUUUGUGAUGUCAGUCACAUUUUUUAAGCCAAUGAACAGCCAGAUAUUGCUGUCCAUAUUUUGUUGUUAAGCUUCAAUUUCAAGAUUUCCACUAAGGCUAGGUGCAGCAGCAUUAGCAAUAGCAGCUAACCGCUAGUGGUAAUGCCACCUGACACUGCUACACUAAGGAACCCUGAGUUAAUGCGGCUAAAGAGCUAGCACUUAGUGCGGUUAGAGGCAGAGGCUAAUGCUAUUGUUGCUCCAGGAGUCCAGGGUUAGCAGCAGACAACAGGCCGAUAAUACUCAUCUCUGAACAGCGAAAGAGCUAGUGCUUAGUUCAGUUGGCGGCUAAUGCUAAUACUUCUCCAGCUUUAGUGCUGAAGAAACUUAAUUGAAACUCUUUUAUACCGCUGCAUUUUAGGAGAGUGCUUUACAGCCCUGACUGGUAAAAUUCAUACGUAAGAUGUGCCGGAUUAUAAGGCGCGCUGAUGAUUUUGGGAAAAUUAAAAGAUUGUAAUUGUGCCUUAUAGUGUGAAAAAUACGGUAAUCCUGUCAUAUUCAACUGUAAGGAACAGCAGAAAUGGUCAAAUUGAUCCAUUUUUAACCAUCUUUACCAAUCAUAAGAGAAUCCUAAGAUUUUCAUUUUUAUUUUUUGCAACAUCUUUAGCUGUAGUUACAUUGCAACACAAUUUUAACCUUUAUUUCCAGUUUUCCAGUUGUGUAACGUGCACUAAAUUGUGAUAAGUAUUCACUGAUAGUAGCAUUUUUACAGUAUUGUAUAUAUAUAUGCACAUAAUUGUGAAGUAUAAUGAACAAAAAAAAAUCAAAAGUAGAUUGUGCAAAAGUAUUCAGCACCCUUCACUCUAAACCCCCUAACUAUACUGAGCUACUGAGCUCUGAGUUUCCCCUCCUGAGGUCUCCGUUGUUCCACCAGCCACUUGUGUUCAGUAAACGUGACUUAAAGCAGCACUAGGUAGGAUUUCCUUGAUUUUUGAUCUUUUUAAAUAAGUAAAAUUACAGCUUGAAACUCACUGCAGCGCUGCAUUGAGGCGGAAUAGGAGGAAUAGCGGUGCUCUCGUGUCUGUGCCGGAGCUCCUCUGAGCUCAAACCAGACUCUAAGUUUUCCGAGGCGGCCGCGACCAACACUCGCUAGAACUGCGACCUGCUUUCCGACCUUUAGUUCUAACAGUUCUACAAGGACUACUGGUUCAUUCUUUUUACAAACUAACAUACAGACACUCUGGCAGAAGCUGGAAAGAGACCGAAUAUGUCUGUGAAAGCCAGAAAACGAGAAAGAGAAACUAAAAUCCGCCUGGAACAUUUAUUACACUCUGCAACUGUAGGGGGAGCCCACGAGCACAAAAUCUCAUUUUGCACACAGAGGUCAUGAUGCUGUAAUGUUGGGAGUAUCCCUUUCAAGCUUGUCUCAAUUAAUUUAUAUUAUGUGUGGGUUUUCUGUUAUUUUCUAAGCAAGUUUCUCUAUACGUUUCUAAGUAAUUGAGCGUACACUACAGACGCAGCAGAUAGAGAUCAGACAGAUGUUGAAUGAUUAACGAUAAUGAUGUUAAAUUAGCUUUUCUCAGAGCAUUAGAUUAGGUUAUAUCUGUCUAUAUUAUCUGUGGGAUUUCUUUUUUUAUUCAUUUUUAACUCAAACAGUAAAAAUACUCUUUUUACAGUCAGUUACACUCAGUUAGGACACUAUACACUAAACUACACACUUCAAACCAAUGAAACUGCUGAUUUAUAUUAUGUCCUUGUUGUUAAAAAGCCUUGCCUCUCCAAAAGGAGAAAAAAGCUGUCUUAACUUUCAACUUUGGAGCUUUGGACUUCAGUCAAUGUAAAAAAAUUUUAUUCCAAGUAAUUUUAGAGCAUUUUUAUUGAUUUAUUGAUUUUAUUUGUCUGACAGUGAUUUUAUUUAUAGUAACUCUAACCAAAUAUCACAUCUGUUUCAGAGUGAACUGGGAAAUGUUCUUGCCAAAUGAAAACUGUCAGGUGCUUAACAGAUACGCACCUUUAUGUUUGGGACGUACUUAUUUGCAAGUGUGUACAGGUUUACAGGUUCUGUUGUAACGCAUGUAUUAAUGUACUUUUUUGUCUUUUUUAAUCUUUAUAUUUUUUGAACUUGCCUAUUGUUAUUGAACGUUUUAAUCAAUGAAAUAAAACUGUAAAUAAAUUCGAA